GGUUGGACAUCGAGGGCUCAAGCACGACCACUGUGAAGAUGAAUUUCUUUGGCGCCCUUAUUGCGCUCGCCUUCUGUGCGCUUUGUGGCUCCACCCAAGCGGAUAUAUCGCUCAAGCUGCGCCAGCAGCAACAGCCGCUGAUCACCAAGGAGCAGUACUACAAGACGGGCGGCGGCUUCCAGGAGAGCAGCUACGGCAACUCCGGCUACCAGAUCUUCGAGGUGCACAACCACUUCGCCGGCCAGACCAAGGGCCCGGCCUACCUGCCGCCCCAGGGCCAGAGCUCCAGUGGCCAGGCCCACGACGACAGCCUGGACCUGUCCUUCCUGAACUUUGCCGACGCUCCGGCUCCGGCGCCAGUUGCUGCCCCUGCUCCCGCUGCUGCUCCUGCUCCGGCUCAGAUUUCCGUGCCCUUCCCCUCGAGCUACCAGCAUGACUUCCAGCGAAAGGCUCCGGCCUCGUCCUCCGUGGGUUACAGUGGCCAGGCCUACCUGCCGCCCACCAGCGCCGCCACGCCCAUUGUGCAGCAGCAGCAACAGCAAGUGGUGCAGCAGCAGCAACAAGUGGUGCAGCAGCAACAGCAAGUGAUCCCGCAGCAACAAGUGGUGCAGCAACAACAGCAGCUGAUCCCACAGCAACAGCAAGUGGUGCAGCAGCAACAACCCCAAGUGUUGCAGCAGCAGCAAGUGCAACAGCAGUACAGCCAGCAGAGUUAUGAAGCACCCGCCUAUCUGCCACCCACUGCCCCCCAGGAGGUUGCUCAGCCUGUGCCCAUCAGCUACCAGCAGCCACAGAAGGUCUUCCAAGGACCCACCUAUCUGCCACCCCAGCAACAGCAGGUGCAGCAGAUUCAGGAGGUGCAACAGCAGCAGCAAGUGCAGCAAGUUCAGGAGGUGCAACAGCAGCAGCAAGUGCAGCAGAUUCAGGAGGUGCAACAGCAGCAGGUUCAGGAGGUGCAACAGCAGCAGGUUCAGGAGGUGCAACAGCAGCAGCAACAAGUGCAGCAGAUUCAGGAAGUACAGCAGCAACAGCAGCAGUACCAGGCUCCUGGCUACCUGCCUCCUGGCUAUGACUUCUCCAAUCCCGAUCAGCUGCCUCUGUCGCUGGGCCAGAGUGUGGCCACCUCGCAGAGUGUGUCGUCGGUUCAAAACGUGGCCACAACGCAGUCUGUUUCCUCGGUGCAGCAGGUUGCUGGCGAGUACCGCGCUCCUGGCUAUCUGCCACCUGGCUACGAUGCGCCAGCUCCACAGGCACCAACCCAGCUCACCUACCAGCAGCCACAACAGCAACUGCAGCAACCACAGCAGCCACAGCAGCAGCAACAGGUGUAUGUUGCACCCACGCAGGCAACUGUCAGCGAUCCUGGCGCCCUGCCCGACGGCUAUGACUUUGUGAAGCCCGAGAAUGCCGAGGCAGCCAUUGCCGAGCUGCACAGCCUGCAGACCGCCACCAAGCUGCUGAAGCAGCAGCAGGAGCAACAGUUGCUGCUGCAACAACAGCAGCAGCAACAGCAGCAGCAACAGCGGCAGCAGCAGCAGCAGCAGCAACAGGUCGUGGUGCAGUCUCAGUUGCAGGUUGCCCAGCAACAGCAAAGCGCAGACAUUGUCUACGGUCGUCCCAAGUCUCAGCAGCAGCAGCAACUUCUGGCUCCUCAGAGCACACUGGCAACAUCCUCUGCAGUCAGCUACCAGCAACAUUACACGGCUCCUGGCUACCUGCCACCAACUGCCACUGCUUCGGCUCCAGCUCCAGCUCCAGCUCCGUCUCCCGUUUCCGUUUCCGUUUCCAUUCCAGCUCCAGCUCCUCUGGCUGCCCCUGCUCCAGCUCCUGUGGCCGUUGUCCAGGCAACAUCAACAUCCAGCUCCUACCAGCAGCAACAGCAGCAGCAGUUCAGGGCUUCUGCUUAUCUGCCACCAACUGUUGCAGCUCCUGCUCCUGCCCCUGUCCGUGUGGCAGCUCCUGCUCCUGCUCCUAUCCGUGUGACAGCCACUGCUCCCGCUCCAGUGCGUGUGGCAGCUCCUGCUCCCGCUCCCAUCCAUGUGGCCGGACCCGCUCCCAUCGCCAUCUCCCUGCCACCUUCGGCUCCCAACCAGGUGACCCACAUCCACUCCCUGCGCAGCUACAUGAACACCGUGCAGCCCUUCGCCCGCUACGCCCAGCCAGUGGCCGUGCGCCAGCAACACCAGCACGUCGUCCAGCAGCAGCAACACCAACAGGUGCAGCAGCAACAUCAGCACGUGCAGCAUCAACAGGUCAUCGAGGUGGCGCCCAUGUACCGUGAGCAAUCGAAGCGUCCCCGCUUCUAUGCCCCCGCCUAUGCCAGCAACACUGUGCCCCGCCAGCAGCAGCAGCAGCACCUGCACCACCACUACCACCACCGCGUGGUGCAGAGCCAGAAGCUGCAGCCCCUGCCGGCUCCCACCCUCAGCUUCAAGGCCCAGCAGUCGCUGCAGAAGUUCAUGCCCAAGGACGUGCAGGUGGCGGUGAAUGUGGCCAUGGCGGCCACGGCUCCCGUGGUGGCGCCACCCGCCCUGCGCGGCAGCUCGCGGGUGCGCACUGUGCAGAUCGUGAAGCCCCAUGCCACGCGCACCUUCAAGGUGCUGGAGCAACUGGACCAGGCGGGCGUCAAGACCAUCAAGAUCCUGGGGGCCACCAACGAGCAGCCGCAGGGACGCCACCAGGUGGUGAAGGUGGUGACCCAGAAUGCCCAGAGUGGCGCCGAGAGCCAUGUGCAGACCGUGAAGAUCUACGACGAAGUGCAGCAGGUGCAGCAAGUGCAGCAGGUGCAGCAGCCACUGCGUCUGCAGCCCCUGAGCGGGGGCAACAACGCCUACUUGCCACCACCGCGUCCCCGGUCGCGCAGCGUGCGCCAGGCCUCCAAGCCGCUGCGCCUGCAUCCCGUCGCCCGGCUCUAGAGGAUGGGGUCAAGGUCGACUCCCAGCACUGAUUAGUUGUUAAUUUGAUCAUCGAGCGUCCACUUAUUUUUUUUCUACCUCGUUUCUGCCUCAUUUCGCAUGCAUUUCUGUGCGCGCUACCAGCAAAUCUACACACAAAUACCCCAAAUCGCAUUCGAAAUCAAAUCAUUUGCAUGCAAUAUCAACCGAUUCGAAUUUCUUACCUAAUAAAUGUAUACUUACGUAAAAUAUGUAAAUAA